AUGAGUUGUCAGAUCUCGUGCAAGUCUCGAAGAGGAGGAGGCGGAGGAGGCGGUGGAUUCCGUGGCUUCAGUAGUGGGUCUGCUGUGGUCUCUGGAGGAAGCCGGAGAUCGACCAGCGGCUUCUCCUGCUUGAGCCGCCAUGGUGGUGGCCGAGGAGGCUCCGGUGGAGGUGGCUUUGGAAGUCAAAGUCUUGUUGGCCUUGGAGGGUACAAGAGCAUCUCUACCAGUGUGGCUGGCUGCGGUGGUGGAUUUGGUGGCAGAGGUGGCAGUGGCUUCGGAGGCGGCAGCAGCUUUGGAGGCGGCGGUGGCUUCGGAGGUGGCUCUGGAUUUGGAGGAGGCAGAGGAUUUGGAGGCAGUGGUGGCUUCGGAGGUGGCAGUGGCUUUGGAGGAGGCAGUGGUUUUGGAGGUGGCAGUGGCUUCGGAGGUGGUGGAUUUGGUGGAGGCGGCUUCGGUGGAGGCCGUUUUGGAGGAGGCAGCGGCUUUGGAGGCUUUGGGGGGCCUGGAGGAUUUCCUGGUGGAGGCAUCCAUGAAGUCUCCAUCAACCAGAGCCUUCUGCAGCCUCUUGAUGUUAAAGUAGACCCAGAGAUCCAGAAUGUGAAGUCUCAGGAACGGGAACAGAUCAAAACUCUCAACAACAAAUUUGCCUCUUUCAUUGACAAGGUUAGAUUCCUGGAGCAGCAGAACCAGGUGUUGCAGACCAAAUGGGAACUUCUGCAGCAGCUGGAUGUGGGCACCCGAACCACCAACCUGGACCCCGUCUUCCAGGCCUAUAUUAGCAUACUCAAGAAACAAGUGGAUAGGCUCACAGCAGAGAGGACCUCACAGGACUCAGAGCUGAACAACAUGCAGGAUCUUGUGGAAGACUUUAAGAAGAAGUACGAGGAUGAAAUCAACAAGCGCACAUCUGCGGAGAAUGAGUUUGUGACAAUUAAAAAGGAUGUGGACAGCUGCUACAUGGACAAGACAGAGCUGCAGGCUAAGGCGGACAUACUGAUGCAGGAAGUUGAUUUCCUGAGAACACUGUAUGACAUGGAACUGUCCCAGCUACAACAGACUGUCACUGACACCAAUGUCAUCUUGUCUAUGGACAACAACCGGAAUCUUGACCUGGACAGCAUUAUUGCUGAGGUUCAGAGUCAAUAUGAGAUCAUCGCCCAUAAGAGCAAGACCGAGUCAGAGGAGCUGUACCACAGCAAGUAUGAAGAACUCCAGAUCACUGCUGUGAAGCAUGGGGACAGCUUGAAAGAGAUCAAGAUGGAGAUCAGCGAGCUGAACCGCACAAUCCAAAGGCUGCAAGGGGAGAUAUCACAUGUGAAGAAGCAGUGUAAGGGUGUACAAGACUCCAUUGCUGAUGCAGAGCAGCGCGGAGAGCAUGCCCUCAAAGAUGCCAGGACCAAGCUCACUGACCUGGAGGAGGCCAUGCAGCAGGCUCGAGAGAACCUGACCCGACUGCUGCGUGACUACCAGGAGCUCAUGAACACCAAGUUAGCCCUGGAUGUGGAGAUUGCCACCUACCGCAAGCUGCUGGAGGGCGAGGAGUGCAGGAUGACAGGAGAAUUCAGCGACAAUGUGUCUGUGUCCGUGACAAGCAGCACCAUUUCCUCAUCCGUGGCAUCCAAGGCUGGCUUUGGCUCUGGAGGUCAAAGUUCUGGAGGAAGAGGAUCUUAUGGAGGAGGAGGAAGCACCUACGGUUCUGGAGGCAGAAACUCUGGCUCCAGAGGAGGAUCUGGAGGAGGCGGAUUCAGCUCUGGAGGUGGCUCCAGGGGAGGGUCUGGAUCCGGAGGAGGAGGAUACAGCUCUGGAGGCGGCUCCAGAGGAGGAUCCGGAGGAGGAGGAUACAGCUCUGGAGGCGGCUCCAGGGGAGGAUCAGGCACCGGAGGCGGAUACAGCUCUGGGGGCGGCUCUAGGGGAGGAUCUGGAGGAGGUGCUGGAGGCGGCUCCAGGGGAGGUUCAGGCUCUGGAGGAGGUGGAUACAGCUCUGGAGGUGGCUCCAGGGGAGGGUCUGGAUCCGGAGGAGGCGGAUACAGCUCUGGAGGCGGCUCCAGGGGAGGGUCCAGCUCUGGGGGUGCAGUAUCUGGCUCUGAAAGGGGAGGUUCUGGCUCAGGGGAAGGUUGUGGCUCCGGGGUGACCUUCUCUUUUAGAUAG